AAAAUAGAAGAAUCAAAUAUACACAAACAAAAAAGGAACAAAAAGAUCAAGAAUUAUGUGCAUUUGUUAAUGAAAAUUAUUUGUAUGCAAAAUCAAAAAUAAAAAAACAAAAUUCCGAAAACUAUCCAAAAGCUUCUAGAACUACUAAUCUCAGCUCAAGACAAUACCAUGUAUGCUGCGGUCAAGCCUUUAUCCAAAUAUUUACAAUUCAAGUCGGUGCAUAUUUACGACAUUAUUUUCACUCUCCACUCCAAGUGCACGGUGGUCAUACUGCUGACAUGUUCGUUCCUCUUGUCGGCCAAACAAUACUUUGGCGAUCCCAUAAUGUGCAUAAGUGAUGAAAAAAAUAUGGAAUAUGUGAAUUCCUAUUGCUGGACAAUGGGAACGUAUAUUUUAAACUAUUACGAUUUGAAUAUGCAAAUAACAGAAGUGAAGAAUAUGACAAGUAGUUUGAAUGAUCGUAUUCGCGAUAGGGGCAAUGCCAUAGCUGAAGGUGUUGGACCAGAAAGACACGGCAUAACUGAACGUGUAUAUUUGCGUUACUAUCAAUGGAUCAUAUUGAUUUUACUUUUGCAGGCUUUAGUGUUUUAUUUUCCCUCUUUUUUGUGGAAAGUAUGGGAGGGUCAACGUUUAAAGCAACUGUGUUCCGAAGUCGGUAAUCCCCUAGUACCAGAGGACACCUAUAUAUCAAGGAGUAAAUUAUUGGUUAAAUACUUUACCUCUGACUAUAGGGACAUACAUUUUUGUUACAAUGCACGUUAUUUAUUUUGUGAAACAUUGAAUUUUAUCAUUAGUGUAUUAAAUAUUUUGUUGCUGGAGGUAUUUCUCAAUGGAUUUUGGUCCAAGUACAUACAGGCUAUAGCCGCUAUACCAAGUUAUGAUUGGACCAAAUGGAACGUAUUGACUUCGCGAGUUUUCCCCAAGAUAGCCAAGUGUCAUAUGGUCAAGUAUGGUUAUUCUGGUUCAACCACAUCACUGGAUAUACUCUGCAUACUGCCACUUAACAUUUUGAAUGAGAAACUGUUUGCUUUUCUAUGGUGUUGGUUUCUUGCCAUUUGCAUACUGGCCGGUUUGAAUUUGAUUUAUCGUGGCAUGCUGAUAUUUAAUGAACCCUUUCGUUUACACUUAUUGUACACAAAAUUACGUAUUAUGCCCAAAUCUCAUGUGCGCAGUGCCCUUGAGGACAUGACUUAUGGCGAUUGGUUUAUCCUCUUCAAAGUUAGUUCCAAUAUUAAUCCCAUAUUGUUUAGGGAUCUAAUGAAGGAACUGUAUGAAAAUCGUAAUCAUAAAAAAUCUUUGGGUUUUAACGUAUAAAAACCACAACAGAUGAUCAAUUAUUUCUA